AUGAAAAUUGAAGAAUCCAUUGAAACUUAUAUUCAUAUAAGAAAGACAACACUUACUGAAGAAAAAUUAAAGGUAACAACUGAUUAUAAUAAAGAUUUUAAUGAGAAUGGAUUUCUGAAAUUGGAUGAGCCACUAUUUUGGCAGCUAUUGAGUUCAAAUUUUACAAGAGAUUUCUAUAUUGACCAGGUCCAUAAGCCUAGACAUUAUGGAAUUGAAUCAGCACCUAUAUUUGGUAAUUUUUUAGAACCUUUUACCAAAACUCAUUGGUUUAUGGUUCCAUUAAUUUGGGGUCCGGUUGUUCUAUACAAUUUCAUUGUUUCGUUAAGAGAAAUUAGUAUAAUUUUGGCGAUUACAUUAUUUUCAAUUGGGGUAUUUGUAUGGACAUUAAUUGAAUAUUGUAUGCAUAGAUAUCUUUUCCACUUGGAUGAUUCAGUUCCUGAAACCAGAUUAUUUUUUGUAUUGCAUUUUUUGUUACAUGGCAUUCACCAUUAUCUUCCAAUGGACAAAUAUAGAUUAGUGAUGCCACCGGCAUUAUUUUCUAUAUUAUGUUAUCCAUUUUACCUUUUGACAUUUGCGAUAUUUCCUAGAUAUUGGGCACAUGCUGGGUUUGCUGGAGGACUGUUUGGGUAUGUUUGUUAUGACGUUACUCACUAUUUUCUCCAUCAUAAGAAAAUGCCAUCAUUUAUGCGGAAAGUGAAGAAAUACCAUUUAGAACAUCACUACAAGAACUUCCAGUUGGGUUUCGGUGUUACCAGUUCAUUUUGGGAUAGAGUAUUUGGGACGUAUUUGGAUCCCAAGACCAUACCUUACGCUAGGUCCAAGAGAACUACCUAA